UCCCUAGCUACACCCUCGACACAAAAAAACAAAAAAAAAAAUACUAUACAGCAGAUAACAGAUGCAUCAAAUGCAAAAAGGUAUAAUAUUUUAAAAUAGAACUUUUUAUUCAGUUUUGAUGUACAGUAAAGUCAACAACACGUACAAAUAAUGAGAGUAACAAAUCUUAUCAAAAUAAUAACAAUCUAUACACUCUGUGGUGUAUAUGCAAGAGCAUUCAUCUUUGACAACAUUGAUGACUCGAACGAGAAGACAUCCAACAUAAUGAAUUUUAAAUAUAGCCACAAUUGCCUGCAUAAUGAAUCAAUUCGCAAUUACAUCGAUGAAUUCCGCUUAAAAUAUAAUGAGAUCCAGGACAUAACUGAUGACGACUUACUCUACUUUAAGCAGCACAGAGCACAUGGAGAGAGUAUUGCGCGAGUAUGUGAAUUAAAACGUAAUAAGGCACGAUCAGUUACAGACUAUAUUCAUUUGAUUGCUGAUGCUUGUGUAAAAAAUGAGAAUAUAAGGAAGAAAUUUACUUUAAAUACCUUAUUGAUGCUGGAAUUUGAACUAGAUUUCGUAUGCAGUCUCAGCGAGAGUGUUUUUACGACUAUUUACAAAAAUCACGUGUCGACAUGCAUUGAUGAAAAAAUGGGACUGCUUGAUAAGUGCCGAGAAAAUUCAUUUAACGUCUUAUUUUUUGAUAAGCGACCUGAACAAGUGCCGUGGAUUCAAUUAAUUAAUGGAGCUAUAUGCAACUUUGACUAUAACACGAUGAAAAAUUGUGCUGUGAAACCUUUGGAAUCGUGUAAUGGUGCUUCAGAAGCAUUGAGUUAUCUGUUGGAUGUCAUCAAGCGGAACUCUUUGUGCUUCAAAAGGAAAAAUUUGGCAGACAUCAUUGAGAACUCUAGCGAAGAUGCUAGUAGCAUUGUGGAUUGAAUAAAAGCAUUAUUUAUGCCAGUAACUGA